GUGGCGGCUCACUCAGGACCCGGCGGGGGCAGCGCGAUGAGGCGGGUGACCCUGUUCCUUAACGGCAGCCCCAAGAACGGAAAGGUGGUUGCUGUAUAUGGAACUUUAUCUGAUUUGCUUUCUGUGGCCAGCAGUAAACUCGGCAUAAAAGCCACCAGUGUGUAUAAUGGGAAAGGUGGACUGAUUGAUGAUAUUGCUUUGAUCAGGGAUGAUGAUGUUUUGUUUGUGUGUGAAGGAGAGCCAUUUAUUGAUCCUCAGACAGAUUCUAAGCCACCUGAAGGAUUAUUAGGAUCGCACACAGACUGGCUAACAUUAAAUGUUGGAGGGCGGUACUUUACAACUACACGGAGCACUUUAGUGAAUAAAGAACCUGACAGUAUGCUGGCCCACAUGUUCAAGGACAAAGGUGUCUGGGGAAAUAAGCAAGAUCAUAGAGGAGCUUUCUUAAUCGACCGAAGUCCUGAGUACUUUGAACCCAUUUUGAACUACUUGCGUCAUGGACAGCUUAUUGUAAAUGAUGGCAUUAACUUAUUGGGUGUAUUAGAAGAAGCCAGAUUUUUUGGUAUUGACUCACUGAUUGAACACCUAGAAGUAGCGAUAAAGAACUCCCAACCACCUGAGGAUCAUUCACCAAUAUCCCGAAAGGAAUUUGUUCGAUUUCUGCUAGCAACUCCAACCAAGUCAGAAUUACGUUGCCAGGGUUUAAACUUCAGUGGUGCUGAUCUUUCUCGUUUGGACCUUCGAUACAUUAAUUUCAAAAUGGCCAACUUAAGCCGCUGCAACCUUGCACAUGCAAAUCUCUGCUGUGCUAAUCUUGAACGAGCUGAUCUUUCCGGAUCAGUGCUUGAUUGUGCAAAUCUCCAGGGAGUCAAGAUGCUUUGUUCUAAUGCAGAAGGUGCAUCCCUGAAACUGUGUAAUUUUGAGGAUCCCUCUGGUCUUAAAGCCAAUUUAGAAGGUGCUAAUCUGAAAGGUGUAGAUAUGGAAGGAAGUCAGAUGACAGGAAUUAACCUGAGAGUUGCUACCUUAAAAAAUGCAAAGUUGAAGAACUGUAACCUCAGAGGAGCUACUCUGGCAGGAACUGAUUUAGAGAACUGUGAUCUGUCUGGGUGUGACCUUCAGGAAGCCAACCUCAGAGGUUCCAAUGUGAAGGGGGCUAUAUUUGAAGAGAUGUUGACACCACUACACAUGUCCCAGAGUGUCAGAUGAGAAUCUCAGGGUCUGGAGGAAGAUGUCUGAGAUGAA